CAGCAUCCUGCUGAAUCCGCUGCGGAAGAACUCGAAGAGAAUCACGCAUUACAACGCCGCCAGACACUCAAGACUGAAACUAGGAUGACAACUGUGUUUUCCUGACAUCCGGGGAGUCUCAGAUUUCCUUCCUACUAUCGUUUCUGACGCACGACGCCAAACAUACUCUCUAGAAGAUGAACCCUCCAACCUGGAUGAGAUGCCUCUGAUGAUGUCGGAGGAAGGCUUUGAGAACGAUGAGAGCGACUACCAGACGCUGCCCCGGGCCAGAGUCAACCAGAGACAGAGAGGCCUCGGCUGGUUUCUCCUCGGGGGGUGGAAGGUCCUCUGUGGCAGCUGCUGUGACUGCCUGGUCCACGUGUGUCGGAGGCGGAAGGAGCUGAAGGCCCGGACGGUUUGGCUCGGCUGCCCGGAGAAGUGUGAAGAGAAGUAUCCCAAGAACGGCAUCAAGAACCAGAAGUACAACAUCUUCACCUUCGUGCCUGGGGUUCUCUACCAGCAGUUCAAGUUCUUCCUCAACCUCUACUUCCUGGUGGUGGCCUGUUCCCAGUUUGUGCCGUCGCUGAAGAUCGGAUAUCUGUACACGUACUGGGCUCCUCUGGGUUUCGUGUUAGCCGUCACGAUGGCGCGAGAGGCCGUGGAUGAGGUGCGACGCUACCAGCGCGACAAAGAGAUGAACUCCCAACUCUACAGCAAGCUCACAGUGAGAGGUAAAAUUCAAGUGAAGAGUUCAGACAUACAAGUUGGAGACCUGAUCAUCGUCGAAAAGAACCAAAGGAUUCCUGCCGACAUGAUAUUCAUGAGAACGUCGGAGAAAAAUGGUUCCUGUUUCAUCAGAACAGAUCAGCUGGACGGAGAAACGGACUGGAAACUGAAAGUGGCAGUCGGCUGCACACAGCGACUACCUGCAGUGGGGGACCUCUUCUCCAUCAAAGCCUACGUCUACGCCCAGAAGCCUCAGCUGGACAUCCACAGCUUCGAGGGGAACUUCACCAGGGAAGACACGGACCCACAGGUCCACGAAAGUCUGAGUAUUGAAAACACUCUGUGGGCGAGCACAGUGGUUGCAUCUGGCACAGUGAUAGGGGUGGUGAUCUACACGGGCAAAGAGACCAGGAGCGUCCUGAACACGUCGUACGCCAAGAACAAGGUGGGCCUACUGGACCUGGAGCUGAACCGCCUCACCAAGGCCCUGUUCCUGGCCCAGGUGGUUCUGUCUGUCGUCAUGAUAGCGCUGCAGGGGUUCGUGGGUCCUUGGUUCCGCAACCUUUUCCGAUUCGUCGUGCUUUUCUCCUACAUCAUCCCCAUCAGCUUGCGUGUCAACCUGGACAUGGGGAAGUCGGCCUACGGCUGGAUGAUCAUGAAAGACGAGAACAUCCCCGGCACCGUCGUGAGAACCAGCACCAUCCCCGAAGAACUGGGCCGGCUGGUCUACCUGCUGACGGACAAGACCGGCACUCUGACACAGAAUGAAAUGAUCUUCAAGCGUCUGCACCUGGGAACAGUUUCCUACGGCACUGACACCAUGGAUGAGAUACAGAGUCACAUCGUCAAGUCAUACGGACUGCCAGUGACGUCCCAGCCGUCUGGCAGCGGCACCGGUGGCGUGACUCCGUCCAAGAAGACGCAGGCGUCCGGCCCAAAGGUUCGCAAGAGCGUCAGCAGUCGCAUCCACGAGGCGGUGAAGGCCAUUGCCCUGUGCCACAACGUCACGCCCGUCUACGAGUCGCACGGCAGCGCCAACGGAGAGACGGAGUCGGCCGAGGCUGACCAGGACUUCAGCGACGACAACCGCACCUACCAGGCCUCCAGCCCCGAUGAGGUGGCGCUGGUGCGCUGGACGGAGAGCGUCGGCCUGACCCUGGUCAACAGAGACCUGUCCUCCCUGCAGCUGAAGACUCCGUCGGGCCAGAUUCUCUCCUUCCACAUCCUGCAGAUCUUCCCCUUCACCUCGGAGAGCAAGAGGAUGGGCAUCAUCCUCAGGGAGGAGUCAACGGGAGACAUCACUUUCUACAUGAAGGGUGCGGAUGUUGCCAUGGCGAGCAUCGUCCAGUAUAACGACUGGUUGGAAGAAGAGUGUGGGAACAUGGCCAGAGAAGGUCUGAGGACGCUGGUGGUGUCCAAGAAGUCUCUGUCCGAGGAGCAGUAUCAGGACUUUGAGAAUCGCUACAACCAGGCAAAGCUCAGCAUCCACGACCGAGGCCUGAAGGUUGCGGCGGUGGUGGAGAGCCUGGAGCGGGAGAUGGAGCUCCUGUGUCUGACCGGUGUGGAAGACCAGCUGCAGGCCGAUGUCCGGCCCACGCUGGAGCUGCUCAGAAACGCCGGCAUCAAGAUUUGGAUGUUGACGGGGGACAAGCUUGAGACGGCCACGUGCAUCGCCAAAAGCUCCCACUUGGUGUCCAGAAGCCAAGACAUCCACGUCUUCAGACCAGUUUCGAGCAGAGGAGAGGCCCAUCUGGAGCUUAACGCCUUCAGGAGGAAACAUGACUGCGCUCUGGUCAUCUCCGGAGACUCCUUAGAGGUUUGCUUAAAAUAUUACGAGCACGAGUUUGUGGAGCUGGCAUGUCAGUGUCCGGCCGUGGUCUGCUGCCGCUGCUCCCCGACCCAGAAGGCCCAGAUUGUCCGACUCCUCCAGCAGCACACGGACAACAGAACCUGCGCCAUAGGUGAUGGAGGAAAUGAUGUCAGCAUGAUCCAGGCUGCUCACUGUGGUAUUGGAAUCGAAGGAAAGGAAGGAAAGCAGGCGUCUCUGGCCGCAGACUUCUCCAUCACUCAGUUCAAGCACAUCGGCCGCCUGCUCGUGGUUCACGGCAGGAACAGCUACAAGCGCUCGGCGGCGCUCGGCCAGUUUGUCAUGCACAGAGGGAUGAUCAUCUCCACCAUGCAGGCAGUUUUCUCCUCCAUAUUCUUCUUUGCCUCUGUGCCCUUGUACCAGGGUUUCCUCAUGGUUGGGUACGCCACGAUCUACACCAUGUUCCCAGUGUUCUCCCUGGUCCUGGACCAAGACGUGAAGCCGGAGAUGGCGCUGCUCUACCCAGAGCUUUACAAAGACCUAACCAAGGGACGUUCACUGUCUUUCAAGACUUUCCUCAUCUGGGUUUUGGUCAGUAUCUAUCAAGGUGGCAUCCUCAUGUACGGCGCGCUGGUGCUGUUCGAGUCGGAGUUCGUGCACGUGGUCGCCAUCUCCUUCACGGCGCUCAUCCUGACCGAGCUGCUGAUGGUGGCGCUCACCAUCCGCACGUGGCACUGGCUCAUGGUGGUGGCCGAGUUCUUCAGCCUCGGCUGCUACCUCGCCUCGCUCGCCUUCCUCAACGAGUACUUUGACUUGUCGUUCAUCACGACUUGGCCUUUCCUGUGGAAGGUGUCGGCCAUCACGCUGGUGAGCUGUCUUCCUCUCUACAUCAUCAAAUACCUGAAGCGCAAGUUCUCACCGCCGAGCUACUCCAAACUCUCCUCGUGAGCCCGACUCGGAUUCAACCUGGAUUUGGUUUUUCGUACUUCUCUGCUUCCCUGAGCUUUCUAUUUCCAGCACUUUCUUCUUCUUCUUCUUCUUCUUCUUCUUCUUGUUUUAAACUCACUGAGUGAUCCUCAGUGACGGACAUGUGACCCGUGGGAGGUCGAGAAACCACUGGAACAAUGGAGAACAAUUUGAGUAGUUGUUCUUUUUUUCCCCACUCAGACUUGGGAUUACUUGAAAGGUGGGAGCACAAAGUAAAAAGACAAAAGGAGUGAUGGAUUUUUGCACUUCGAAAGGCCUGAGACACUCGACUUUGUGUCGACCUGCUGCCUUCCUCUGUUCUUCAAGCAUUCCAAACAAAUCAGCUCCGAGUGUCAUUUCAAACACUUCUGACGCUCUUUUCUUUGGAUGUUUAAACCUUUUUAUAUGUGGAAUUAUUUCCCCAAGUGUUAAUUUUUAUUAUUAUUAUUAUUCACUUUAUUAUACAUAUUAAUUGCCCCCGGGCUGCAUAUUUGAACAAUGUUGAGUUGCCGUAAAAGGGAUAAAAAACAAUCUUCUCACUUUUACGUUUACCUAUGUAACUGUAAAUCAAAAAAUAAGCCUUUACACGCAGCUUUAAAAUACUACUGCCGUCGAUGUUAAUAACCUCACUGCGUUAGAUUUUUUAUUAACCAAAAAUCACAUAAGGACAUUCAAAGAGAAACUGCUGAGCAUUUAAUCCUGUAUAGGAACCUCUGUGUACCUGCUGCUGUUCUGUCUUUUUUUACACUUUGUUUUUUAAAGACAGUGAAUGACGUCAUCGGGCUCAUCCCUUCUUGUAGAAUUAAAACCAGCACUCCAAAGCAACAUUAAUAAAUGCUGCCUCGUCUGCGUGUGCUUGGCCUCGGUUCAGUCUGUCGGCGGCCACUCUGUGCCUCAUCACGAUGUACGUCGAUGCACCCAAGCCGCGUUUCACAAUUGAACAAUCAGUCCGAGAUCUCUCGCCCGCUGAGCCACGUGUGAGCUUCAAGAAGCUCGUGUGUAAUCCUGCUGCUCCUCCCUGACAACUUCUCCUCGGAUGGCAAAACCACUUCGUGGCCCUGAAACACACUGAUGGCUUCAUAUUAUUGAGAAUAUCACAGCGGUGGACGUUUUACGUUCAGCGCUUUUCCAAGGGCGAAUGAGUUUUAUCAUUCACUCCACGACGAACUCUCGAAGCGUUGAGCAAAGUGCGGAGAGAAAGUCGAGUCAAUCUGUUAAAUAUAUCAAGUUCGGCUCGUUUCAUUUGUCAGUUGUUUUUGCUUUUUCUGAAUCAUUAUUGAGUUGAACUCAGGUCGAUCAUUCCUUAAACAUCGGUUGUCUUGAUUGCGGCGACCACACUGUAAAAAUGUUGCUCGACAAUGAGACAGAAAAAAAGUGGAAGUAGUUAUUCAAGGAACGAGUCAGUGUGAGUGCGUCAUUUCAGUGCAAAUUAAAAUUGGUGAUUUACAUUUUAUUUUUUUUACAAAAUAGAAAUUCCCAAUGUCGAUUCUUUCGCUGUCAUCGUUUGAUGUGUGUGUGUACGUGUCGUUGUUGUAUAAACUCGCUCCCCGCGUCGACGCGGCGGUUUCCAACAGUGUCUGUUAUUUAUAAUGUUGUUUAUUGAUUGAAAGGUAAUAAAAAGAAGCUACAAAUUUGAAGAAAAAAA